AUGAACCUCGCAGUGCUCGCAAGCUCGAUGCUUUCAGAUAUCCAUAACUAUCCAAAUUUUACUAUGGCGCCCGCACUUCCAGACGAUGUAUUGCAUCUUCUUUGUGAGCACCUUGCAGAGCAAGAGCAGUUCGACACGUUGUUCAACUGUGCCUGCUCAAGCCGAACUCUUGGUGUUCCGGCGUUAACCCACAUGUAUCGAGCUCAUCACAAAGCUCCGGUCCGUGGCGGAGAGGAAGAUGAAGGAUUCGCUACGAAUCUGUUGAUGGUUCAAAAGUGGUCCAUUCUUUGGCGUUCGAUAAUUGCGUCGAGCCUCGAUGCAACGCUAUUUCCAUAUUGCCGAUACAUCAGGACGUUAGACUUCCGGGAUCUUGAAAAUCUUCUCGAAGAUGACAACUUCAAAUCCAAGAUUUCGAAGCAAUUCUUCACGGGCCCACUAGAAACUUUCUACAAAGCAGAUACUUUCAGGAAUUCGAAAGGUCGAAAGUACGAGCGAAUGAAUAUCAAAGCUAUCGUGGAAGCGAUCGGCGAAGUGGUCACGCAGCAAGCGCAUAUGCUUCAAAUGAUAUCGGGACAGCUUACUUCGCCUGCAUUAAUACGAUGGAUUCCCCACCUUCCACGUUUACAGGCUUUGGAACCUUGGGAUGGGAGUGCUCUUGAAGAGGCUCUUGUGCCUGAAUAUAUUCGUCAACACUGCCCAAGCUUUAACUCACUGAUGAUCUAUACCUGGAUUGGACAGGACCGUGAUCAAAAGUUCUCUCAGUUCAUAUCAGCGAUGAGACCGAAUUCACUAAGAAAUGUCUCUACCUUUUGUGACGUCGGUGCCGCCGCAGAGACAUUCCUCGCUCUAAACGCCCAUAGUUCGACUCUGAAAGAGCUCAGGAUCUGCAUAUCAGACGAUUCAAUUUCUCAUAUAUCUUUACUUGCCGGAUGUACAGCCCUUGAAGUGCUGCGAAUCGAAGACACACAGGGACACAUAGUCCUCGAGGAGACUCAGAACGAUGUCUAUCUUGAGACCAUCGAAUGGCUACGAAAAUGCGAAAAUCUCCACAGUUUAAGCCUGAGCAGGUUCCUAUCAGCAGCAACGCUCGUUACUCCUUUGUUGCUCGAGCAUAAAAUCAGGCUCCGUUCACUUGAAAUCAAUUCGUAUGUUCUCAAAGAUAGUCGAGAGUUUCACCAAGCUCUUUCCCAUCAGAGAGACUCGCUUGAGAAGCUCUCGUUAAAGGGAGAUACUGAUGGUAUGUUCCGGGACGACGUGGACAUCAUCGUCGACUCCUUAAAACAGUUGAAACAUAUGACUGUUCUCAAGCUGGAUCUGCCAGAGAUGUUUCGCGAAGAACACCUGAUCCAGAUCAUUGCACAUCUAGGUAAGCUUAAGGAGCUUUCCAUAAGUGCUUUAGAACUGAACGAUCGUGUACUCGAACACGUCGGAAAUCUCGGCGGUCUACGACUCGUCACUCUAGCCGGAAUUUCAAAGUUUACGGAUGACGGACUGUUCGGGUUUGUUUCACGCCUUGGUCCCGGAAACAAAAGCAUUCAAGUCAUGAUAGAUAUGGCGGAUCCUGAUACCAUGCUACGGGAAGAACAGGUCGCUGUGCUUAGGGAGUUUCUGGCCGAAAAGGUCGGCGGAACCCUUGAAUAUAUACCACUAAGAGACCCAAAUGUUCCGGAAUUUGAAGGCGAUUCUGACUAG